UCUGUUACAUCACUUCACUUUGCCUUCGAAGGCUGGUCUGCGCUCAGUGUUUUCCUGGUGAUGCAAGUCGGCUCUCUCCUCUGGCAGUUGGAUCCCUCCCAUCUCGCAGCACCUCACAGGUCUCUUCCCCGAGCAGUGCAUUGCUGGAUCGAGGAGCAGCUCACGAAUCAGCUGCAGGUCCCCGUUUUGAAAAGCAGAGAUACAGAGGCAAAGGGAAAGGGUGGACUCCUAUGUGACCUGAUCUCAGAGCAAGACAAUCACCAGCUGAAUUCCAGAAGCCCUGUUCAUGUUUGGGGAGAUUUUUCCGACUGCGUGGAAUCAGAGAGAAGCCAAAGGAUGGGAAAUGCCUGCAUCCCCCUGAAAAGAAUUGCUUAUUUCCUAUGUCUCUUAUCUGCGCUCUUGCUGACUGAGGGGAAGAAACCAGCGAAGCCAAAAUGCCCUGCCGUGUGUACUUGUACCAAAGAUAAUGCUUUAUGUGAGAAUGCCAGAUCCAUUCCACGCACCGUGCCUCCUGAUGUUAUCUCAUUAUCCUUUGUGAGAUCUGGUUUUACUGAAAUCUCAGAAGGGAGUUUUUUAUUCACACCAUCGCUGCAGCUCUUGUUAUUCACAUCGAACUCCUUUGAUGUGAUCAGUGAUGAUGCUUUUAUUGGUCUUCCACAUUUAGAGUAUUUAUUCAUAGAAAACAACAACAUCAAGUCCAUUUCAAGACAUACUUUCCGGGGACUAAAGUCAUUAAUUCACCUGAGCCUUGCAAACAACAAUCUCCAGACGCUCCCAAAAGAUAUUUUCAAAGGCCUGGAUUCUUUAACAAAUGUGGACCUCAGAGGGAAUUCAUUUAAUUGUGACUGUAAACUGAAGUGGCUGGUGGAAUGGCUAGGCCACACCAAUGCAACUGUCGAAGACAUCUACUGCGAAAGCCCUCCAGAAUAUAAGAAGCGCAAAAUCAAUAGCCUCUCCUCCAAGGAUUUUGAUUGUAUCAUUACAGAAUUUGCAAAGUCUCAAGAGCUGCCUUAUCAAUCACUGUCCAUAGACACUUUUUCUUAUAUGAACGAUGAGUAUGUAGUCAUUGCUCAGCCUUUUAACGGAAAAUGCAUUUUCCUUGAGUGGGACCAUGUAGAAAAGACCUUUCGGAAUUAUGACAACAUUACAGGCACGUCCACUGUAGUAUGCAAGCCUAUAGUCAUUGAAACUCAGCUCUAUGUUAUUGUGGCCCAGCUAUUUGGCGGCUCUCACAUCUAUAAGCGAGACGGUUUUGCAAAUAAAUUCAUAAAAAUCCAGGAUAUUGAAAUUCUCAAAAUCCGAAAACCCAAUGAUAUUGAAACAUUCAAGAUUGAAAACAACUGGUACUUUGUUGUUGCUGACAGUUCAAAAGCUGGUUUUACUACCAUUUACAAAUGGAAUGGAAAUGGAUUCUACUCCCAUCAAUCCUUACAUGCGUGGUACAGGGACACUGAUGUGGAAUACCUAGAAAUAGCCAGAACACCUCAGGCAUUGAGAAUGCCUCAUUUAAUCCUGUCCAGUAGUUCCCAGCGUCCUGUAAUUUAUCAGUGGAACAAAGCAACACAAUUAUUCACUAACCAAACUGACAUCCCUAACAUGGAGGAUGUAUAUGCCGUAAAGCACUUCUCAGUGAAAGGUGACGUGUACAUUUGCUUGACGAGAUUCAUUGGUGAUUCCAAAGUAAUGAAAUGGGGAGGCUCCUCAUUUCAGGAUAUUCAGAGGAUGCCAUCACGAGGAUCUAUGGUGUUCCAGCCUCUUCAGAUAAAUAACUAUCAAUAUGCAAUUCUUGGAAGUGAUUAUUCUUUUACUCAAGUGUAUAACUGGGAUGCAGAGAAAGCCAAAUUUGUGAAAUUUCAGGAAUUAAAUGUUCAGGCACCAAGAUCAUUCACACAUGUGUCCAUUAAUAAACGCAAUUUUCUUUUUGCUUCCAGUUUUAAGGGAAAUACACAGAUUUACAAACAUGUCAUAGUUGACUUAAGCGCAUGACACACAAAUUCUGUGGCUGCCAUCAGAAACUUUCUACAGUACAUGGUCCGGAUGAACUCAAUGCAUGAUGACUCUUCUUACCCCACUUGCAAAUGAAUGCCUUUCAAACACUGAGACUGCUAGAACCAAGCACUACCAUAUCCCCAUCUUUAACUGUCCAGUCCAGUGGUGUGGGAAGUUACCUUUUAUAAGAGAAAAUUGAAUUGUGUAACUGUUCUUUGCAGUGAAGGUGUAUAAAUAAGCAUUUAAUGAUAUCUGUUACUCCAAAAAGAAAUAUUAAUAUGUACUUUUCCAUUUAUUUAUUCAUGUGUUCAUAACUGCCAAAUAAAAUGUUUACAUUUUCUUUCAUAUCCCAAGGUAAGUACUUAAGGGAGUUUAGUUUUUUUCUUGGUGAUGGUGUAUUUAGGAAAUAGUUUUAUACCAUAAGGUUAUAUUUGAAUCAAGAGUUUAUGUUGUGACUAAUGAGUGAAGAUGAAACACUGAUAUUGAUUAUCCAUAAUUUAUGAACAGGUUCAUCAGUUGAUUUUGAACAUUCAAAGGUGUUUCCAAAAGUCGUGACUUUUAGGAACACUUUGAGGUAAAGUGGUGACAAAUUAAAAGAAGGGUAGAGAAAUUUGCUUAUUACAAGAAGACUAAUUUGAAAUAAAAACUCUAAGAUCCAUCCUUUCCUGUCCAAUAGCUCCAGCUACAGCAAUCCUUCAAACAACUUACAGGAUAAGUUAAAGCCAAGAUUUGGGAUUUUCAAAAACCCUAUUUAGGGACUUCCUAAAUGUCUGACUCUAGAAUCAUCUGACAGCUAAUUGAGAUUGUAACCUUAUAGCACUUGCCUCAACUGAAGGCCUCUUGAUCUGACCAAGGACUUCUAGAGACCAAGUCUGAUAUGUUAUUGACAUGCUGCAGAGUGCCCAGGAGGAUCAUAUCUGAUUUUCUAAAACCCUGCCUCUGGAUCACAAGGGUCGUAGCAAGUAGCACAGUGCCUGCGCACUCUGUGGGCUCUAAGAGGUGCACAUGUCUCCUCCUGUUAUAAUAAUAAACUUUAUGAGGCCCUUUGAUCUCAUCGGUCAGUAUGUAUGGAGUACCUAAUAACGUAUCAUUCCUGUGGUGUUCAGGGGAGAACUGAAGGAGAGAAAGGCACCAUCCUUGCCCUCUGAGUCCUUAGAAGGCUCAUUGGGGGUUUAGGACACAACAGAGCAAGCAGUAAGUGCCAGUUAUCAUCUGAACAUUCAAUUGUAAGUUUCAGGAGAGCAUCAAAGAUGUCUUCCUGAAAGAAGUGGGCCUUGUUUGAACUUAAGGGAAGAUAGGAGUUUAAAUGGGUAUCAUGACAGAGAAAGUAUUCCUGGCACUUGGUUCUGCAUGCUGCCUUUACGGAAGGGAACAGAACUUCCUCCAGCCCACUGUUCCCCAGAGUCUUUGACCAAACGAUUGUGGGAAGGUGUGGGUAGGGGGACGUCAACCUCUCUGCCAGCCCUUAUCUGGCAAACUUGAGGCAUCAAAGGUACACACAUCGUUAUAGAGUCUCCCAGAAGCAAUACCUUAGGGCAGGGAUCCUCAAACUACGGACCGCGGGCCACAUGCGGCCCACCGAAAAUAUUUAUCUGGCCCGCCGGGUGUUUUUGCCACCGCUGCCUGUUGCUUAGCAGCCGACUAGUUUUUCUUUAAACUAUAGUCCGGCCCUCCAACGGUCUGAGGGACAGUGAACUGGCCCCCUGUUUAAAAAGUUUGAGGACCCCUGCCUUAGGGAGUUAUGCACAGGAACCUGACUUCUUUAUAACAUGGUAAAGAUAUUAACUCUGACAUCAGGGUUAUGGGGGAGGAGAAGAAGGCUUACCCACUCCCGAUCCUGCACAGAGGGAGAACUGGCCUUUGAAUGCAUUCCUUUCCUCAGUUCCUAUUUUCUGUAAGCAGCCUAUAUGCUGUUGGAGAACACCUGAUUUGUAGAGACAGGGAUCAAAUCCAGCCUUGCCAUGUACUGGCUUUGUCCGCAGACAAGUUACUUAACCUCUCUGAGCCUCAGUUUCUUCAUCUGUAAAGGGACAAUAAUGCCUACUCCAAGGACAUGGAAGAAUUAAGGAGCACAUGGCAGAUUGAACUUUUCUAACAUGUGCUAUGAGAACCUUGCCCUCAUCCUAUCAAGAGGUGGUGCCUAAUUCCUCUGUUCUUAAAUCUGGACGGGCAACCAAUAGAAUGUGGAGGAAAUUAUGCAGUUUGACUUUGAAGCUGGGGUUACAAAAUGAUGAUGCUUUUGCCUUGUGAACCUGAACUGACAUGUCAAAAGUCCUAGCAGCUUGAAGCCACCAUUCUGUGAGGAAGCCCAGGGUUUGGUCAGCAACCUCAGCUGAGGUCUCAGCAUCAACCACCAGUCAUCUGAUAGCUCCAGGGGAUUCCAGCUCCAGGCUGUCAAGUCACCACCAGCCAUCAAAUCUUCCCAACUGAGGCCCUGGAUGUUACGGAGCAGAGACAAGCCAUCCCACAAUCACCUACUCAAAUUCCUGACUCAUAGAAUCUAUACACAUAAUAAAAUGGUUGUUUUAAACAGCUA